ACUGUAGAUAAUACUGAUUAUUUUUUAUUACUUUUUUAAAAUAAAAUAUUUCACUUAAACUUCUUUGUUUUAACUGAUUGAAGCCUUACAUAGUUGAAUAGUUAUCAUUUGACACUCACUUUUAUUCCUAAUCAGUUAACUUCAAUGUUUAUUUUUUUUAAUAUUUUUAUUUAUUGUAGCCUAUAGGUAGUUUUUUAAACCAACAGUUGGUUAAAAACGUUAUACUUAUAAUAAUUAAAUAAACUUGCCAACAAAAAUAGUGAUAAUAAUUAACUAUGAAGAGAUUAUCUGCCAAAUUAGUAUUCAUGGGCUCUCAGGGAGUGGGUAAAUCAAGUAUAAUCACAAGAUACAUAAAAGGUGAUUUCCAAAAGGAAUGUGAAGCAACAAUUGGUGCUUCAUUUAUGUAUGCUAAAGUUACAUUACGAGACUAUCAAAUUACUUUGAAAGUUUGGGAUACAGCUGGACAAGAACGGUUUCGUAGUUUAGUUCCAAUGUAUUACAGAAAUUCAGACGCAGUCGCUAUUGUUUUUGAUGUAUCAGACCGAGACUCGUUCAAUCAAGUUAAAAAUUGGAUUAAUGAAGUAAGAAAAAAUACCGACACACCUGUGGUUUAUUAUGUUGUUGGUAACAAAACUGAUCUGUUAGAUUCACGGACAAUAAUGUUUGAAGAAGCUGAAGAAUUUGCUAAUUCAGUAAAUGCUCAUUAUUGGGAAACUAGUGUUUAUUCAAAUACAGGUAUUCAAGACUUAUUCACAAAAAUUGGUCGUAACCUUAUAGAAAUAGUAGAAAGUUCUAAACCACCUGUGAAUUUAAAACUUGAAAUUGAUCCAGAAGAAGUUUCUAACAAUGAUAGGAUAAAUAAUUCUAAGAUACAAUGUUGUACUAAUUGAUAAUAUAAUUUAAUUUGUUAAAUAAUCUUCUUUCACACAGUCAAAUAUUUGAAAUUAGACCGUGUAAACAGGACUUUAUGUAAUGCAUAUAAUAUGUGUUAUGUAUUUAACAUUAAACUGAGUAAUUAUUAGAACACUAAAAGUAAAAAAUAAAUUCAUACUUUUUGAAAUAAUCAGCUUUUGCCAUCAAAACUCUUUAUUUAUUUAUUAUAUUAUCAUUUAUUAUUACUACUUUAAGUAAUACUUUUUAAUUUAAGUACUACUCACUAGGUUUUAAUAUUUAUUUAUUGUUUUUUUGUUAAAUAUAAAGACAUUUUAAAUUGAAAACAAAUAUUUUCAUUGUUUUUUAAGUAUUAAGUUUAUAAUUAUUAUUUUGUUGUCAAUAUAAAUCAUGUUAUUAUCAUUAACUCAUUUUUAUAUGUUUAUAACUCAUUAAAAAAAAACAAGUGUUUUGUGGAUAAGUAUGUGCACAUUUUUUCUAUGCAUACAAAAGUUUAAAAAUAGCUGACAAAUCUAUAACACAUAUUCAAAUUUUUGUAUAAUUAUUGCUUUUAUUAAUUUGUAAUAUAUUUAUAUUAAUUAAACUAUAA